AGCAGCCAGCUCUGCAGCUCACACGCUCACAGUCAGUUCGUCAGUUGAAUGUCUAUGUUAUUGUCAUUGGUGCUAUAUCAGCACCGUCUGCAUAACACCCGUCGUCUGCAGUCGCAAAAAUAUUUUUAACAGUGCUGGCAUGUGCAGCAUAUCAAUGAAAUAGAUGCAGACCGCAGACUGACAGCUCUACCUCAUCACAUAUAAUUGAAACCAUGGAGCCGAAUUGGGACUUCCGAACUUGGAGCAUUUACCCGACCUAUGAUGAAGUUGUCGGUGACGUUAAAGCACCUAUAAAAGCGAACAUCGUUGACGGACCAUUUAAGAGCGUCGAACAAUACUUGGAAACUCACUUCUGGCUGAUGCGAGAGGAGGUCGUUGGUCCAUUGCGCCAAAAAGUGGACCAAAUAAAACGCAACAGGGGAAACGUGGAAUGUCCUCCCUACAUGACUGCGCAAUUCCUGCGGUCGAACGGUGGACAUGAAAAAUCAAAGGGCUAUAAACUCAAGUUCACUAAUGUCCAAGCAAGUUCUGACAAAGACACUGCUGAGCUGCAAUCGCAAAGCCUGAUGCAUGGCUCACUGGUUUGCUUCACGUGCAACUCAUUUGAAACGCUUCUUUUCGCCACGAUUAGCUACCAAGAUAAAAAUUUCAUGGAAAAGUCGCAGGUUUUUGUGAAAUUCCACUCAGAAUUCAAGGAAGACAUUUUUAGAAAAGAAUAUAUUAUGAUUGAGAGCGAAACCUUCUUUUGGCCAUAUGCACAAGUUCUUCAAGUCAUUCAACGCACCGAAGAAAACGACUUCCCCUUCCCUCAAUAUUUCAUUGAAGUGUCAAAAAGCGAUGCACUCCCUAAAUACAUGAGGAACAGCAGUACAACCAUUUCCAUCGAAGGAGUAGAUCAAGAUUUCACUUCAGUGCGGCUUUUGGAACCAAAUUCGUGGCCUACAGCCGCUGAAAUCGGACUGGACGAGUCGCAGCUGAUUAGCCUACAGGCCGCCCUGACGAGGGAACUGACAUUCAUCCUGGGGCCACCUGGAACGGGAAAAACCUACGUUGGCCUCACAGUGGCGCAAAUCUUGAUCGAAAACAAGGCAGCUCUGAACCUGAAAAAGCCUAUUCUGGUCGUCAGCGACACCAAUCAUUCGCUCGAUCGCUUCCUUAUUGAAUUAUUAAAUUUAACCAACAAUUUUGUGCGGAUCGGCCAGCAGUCCAAGUUUCCAAAGCUGAACACCUACAACUACAAUAAACUGGAAGGAACAUGGUCUGAGCGCCUCGCAUGCCAGGAUGUAAUUGGGAUGACUGUUUCAAAAGCAUCUGAGUGGCGACCAAAGCUCACCGCGCUUGGCUGUGAAGUUGUCAUCGUCGAAGAUGCUUCUGUCAUAUUUGAUGCUCAGCUGUUCGCAUGCUUGCCCAAGAACUGCCAGCACCUCGUUAUGAUCGGUGGAGAAAAGCUGCUGCAACCAAAAUUGAAAAAUCCUGAUUUAGCAUCAUUUCAAUUAAACGUCUCAUUUUUCAAGAGGAUGAUUGACAACAGAGAGAGCCAGAAACCGCUUCGAUUUCAGUACAGGAUGCCACCUGAGAUGACAAAGCUAAUUUCGCCAUUGAUUUACCCUGAGAUGAAGCACAACGCAAAAGUGCUGAGCUUACCUGUACUUGAAUUACUCCCUAACCGAGUUUCUUUCGUCACUCACAAUUAUCCUGAGAGUGGGGAAGAAAUUGAAGUGCGCACUCCAGAGCAAAUUAUGAAAAAACAGUGGAAGACUGGAAACAGCAAGAAGAAUGACCAGGAGGCGUCUUUUGCGGUUGCUCUCUGCAAGUAUUUGCUCUUGCAAAAAGUGGCACCGCUCGACGUAACUAUUUUGACCACUUACUCGUGUCAGUCGGAACUGAUUAAAAAGCUUAUAAAGGGAGAAAAGUCAAAGGUCGGAGGAUUGGCAAGCGUCCAUAUCGCAACAGUAGACAAUUUCCAAGGCGGCGAAAACAAAUUCAUCAUUCUGUCUCUUGUGAGGAGCAACUCCUGUGGGGCUUUGGGAUAUCUAGAGGAGGAGCACAGAAUCGGCGUGGCUUUAAGUAAAGCCCAAAACGCCCUCAUCAUCGUUGGAAACAUGGCAACCCUAACCCUCUCGUCCAAAAGCAGCAUUUGGCGGUCAAUUAGACAAACGCUUGAUGAACAAGAUUGCUUUGGCAGUAGACUGGAACUUAGAUGCACGGCCAACCCAUCAGGGAAGCACCUGGUCUCUUUGGAGGAGCUGAACAAAUUUGAACGGGUUUGCAGUGAGAAUGGCUGCAGAGGUGGCUCACAUCAAAAUGCAAUACAGUCACAGUACUUCUUCAAAAAGGAAGCUCCUAAAUAUACUGGCCUGCUUUCGUCUAAGGAGAGCGAAAUUAUACUUGAACGCCGUGCCAUGUACAGUCCAUUCAGUGUAAAGGAUUUUUCAGCUCUAGGCUCCACCUUCCCAGAGGCUGCCUCAGGAAAUGGCCAGGUUUCCAGAACAGUCAAGCAAACACCGCAAGAUGCGACUGCAAACCCGGUUCCCUCUGUUAAAAACAAAAAUUUGUAUGUUUUGACCAGAAAACGCUGCUUGGUGCUGAAAAGCUGCGGCCACAAAUGCAGCUUUGUUUGCACUACUGGCGAGGCUCACAGUUCAAUGCAUGAAAGAAGGGAUAUAUGCAAUGAGCCGUGCCCUCGAAGGUGUAAGGCCGGUCUUCACCGGUGCAAACAGCUGUGCCACAUGUAUUGCGGGCCUUGCUUGGAAACACGCACUGUGACCAAUACCUGCGGCAGGCACCACAAAGAUGUGCUCUGCAAAGACUGGAAACCCGCCAGUGGCGUUUGCGAGGCUGUCUGCAACAGGACUAUGCGUUGCGGACAUAAAUGUACAAAGACUUGUCACCUCAACAACUGUAGCAAGUCGUGCUGGAGGUGCAUAUUUACCCGCGUAUUUCUCUUUGGUUGUGUUUCAAGAAGGAGAGCUAACAGAAGAUGAUUCCUAAAUUGUUCUGCAGUAGUUGUUAUUUGAAUCAGAUCUGCUUUUAGCUAAAGAUAGGUCCUUAUCAUGGCUUGAAUCCUGAAUCAGUAGAUCUAUUUCAGUGUUAAGUUCUGUUAUUAUUGCAUAUGCUCACUUUAUUUAAGGUCACAGCUGCAAAUGGUUAUACAUAAGGAAAUCCAUUGGAUCUGUCGCAAAUAAUAUUUUAAUUUGUAAUCGAGAUUACAAAGGUGCUGAUUGUAAAAUUGCUUGUAAUUUGAAAUAAGUUAUUAUUGUGGAGAGGUGACAGCACGGUCAAAGUUGCGACGGAUUAAUUUAACGACAGUUAAAAAUAAGACAAUUUCUUCUGUGUGCCUGCCCUUUUGUCAGAUCUGGACUAAGACAACAAUAUAAAUAAAAAAAUGUUAAUUUGA